AAUUAUCCCAUGCCCAAUAACAAAAAGAAGAACUAAGGAAUUAUUACACAAAUAGCCGGUCGGAUUCAUUAAUUUUUUUUUUAGCUGAUAUACAGAGAUUGUAUACUGAUUAAACAUAUACAUAUACAUAAAUUAUACAUAUAUUAUAUAUUCGCCAAUUAUUUUUUGUUUAAGCAAUUAGCUAGACAACUAUUUUGGCCAAACAAUAAUUGUUGCUCAAAAGUGUUUUUCAAAUUGAUUAGCCAAACACAAAUUGCUUCCCAGUUCUCACCAUAAGUAUUUUUUUGAAAAUUACUUUUGAAAAAAAUAUUUUUCAAAAUAAGUUAUUUUACAGGCACGACCAAACAUGCUAUAAAUAAAAAUCAUCACAUCUUGUUUAAAUAAAAAAUGUAUUCUGACUGAGUUUAAGUUGUAUAUAUUGAUGGAGUAAAAAAUAUUUAUAUAGUUAGAUCAUUUGUAAAAAUAAAAAACUCUUUCUCAACCUUUUUUAUUACAUGAUAAUUUACUGCAAUUUACACAAAAUAAAAUACUACUACUAAUAAUCAGUGAAUAGUUUAGUGGUAUUACAUGUGGAGUAAGUCCAUAUGCAAACGUUUGGAAUUAGAAGAGUUCAAAGGAGUGAAGAGGUGAGACAGUUUUACCUGCUUCCUCUGUCGUCAUCUCUAUCAUCUCUUUCCUUUCCCCAUAGAUUUCUACACCCUUCACUCACAAUCACAAACGCCCAUUUUCCUGUACAUAUGCACAUGCAACUGAGAAAAUCCCAAGAUUUUAAAUAGAAAAUAAUCAGUUUUUUUAUAUGCACACAAAGUUAGCUCACAAACCAAGAGCAGAUAAAAGUUUUGGGAAAUACCCAAAUAGUAGUCCCUUUUAUCUAGGGAGUUGAUUGAUUUACUGUAUUUGAUUGGAAAAUGGAGGAGAGUAAUCAAGAUCAGCGGCUGAACGCGGCGGCGUUGGUGGCGGAGGAGGAGGAAGUGGAGGAGAGCAGUGAUGAUUGUACUUCGGAGGAUGAAGGGACUGAUGAUUACAGGAGGGGAGGGUACCAUGCGGUUCGAAUAGGAGAUAGUUUCAAAGGAGGUCGGUAUGUUGUUCAGAGGAAACUUGGUUGGGGUCACUUUUCUACCGUUUGGUUGGCUUGGGAUUCUCUCAUGUCCCAAUUUGUAGCAUUGAAAGUACAAAAGAGUGCACAACAUUACACGGAGGCAGCAAUGGACGAGAUCACUAUUCUAAAGCAGAUUGCGGAAUGCGAUCCGGAUGAUAAAAAAUGUGUCGUGAAGCUAUUGGAUCAUUUUAAGCACUCAGGUCCAAAUGGACAACAUGUGUGUAUGGUUUUUGAGUAUUUGGGCGACAAUCUCUUGACGCUUCUCAAGUAUACUGAUUAUCAUGGACUGCCUAUUCAUAUGGUUAAAGAGCUCUGUUAUCACGUUCUAGUGGGAUUGGAUUAUUUGCAUCGACAGCUUUCUAUCAUACACACCGAUUUGAAACCAGAGAAUGUACUGCUCUGUUCCACAAUUGACCCAUCUAAGGAUCCCAGAAAAUCUGGAAAACCUCUUAUACUUCCUAAUCACAAGGAUAAGACCACGCUCGAGUCUGGGGCUCUAAACGGUUAUAUAACCUCAAACGGAAAUUUGACUAAGAACCAUAAUAAGAAGAUUAGAAGAAAGGCCAAACAAGCAGCUCAAUGUUAUGUGAAUGAUCAGCUUGAUUCUUCUUUUAAUGUUAAUAGAUUGUCACAUGCUGAUGCUGCAACAGGCUGUGGGAAAGAAUGCGAGGGUCCUAAGAGAGGAAGCCAUUCGACAAGGACGAAGCUGUUAGAGGGUGUUGACCUGAAGUGCAAAGUGGUUGACUUUGGGAAUGCUUGUUGGACAUACAAACAGUUUACAAAUGAUAUUCAAACUAGACAGUACAGGUGUCCUGAAGUUAUCCUCGGAUCUAAAUAUUCAACCUCAGCAGAUCUUUGGUCCUUCGCUUGCAUUUGUUUUGAGCUUGCAACUGGUGACGUUCUAUUUGAUCCUCACAGUGGUGACAACUUUGACAGAGAUGAGGACCAUUUAGCACUAAUGAUGGAGCUUCUAGGAAUGAUGCCACGGAAAAUUGCCUUGGGGGGUCGCUAUUCACGUGAGUUGUUCAAUAGACAUGGUGACUUGAGGCACAUCAGACGGUUGCGCUUUUGGCCCUUAAAAAAAGUUUUAAUAGAGAAGUAUGAAUUCAGUGAGCAAGACGCAAAGGACAUGGCCGAUUUCCUGGUCCCGAUACUUGAUUUUGUCCCAGAGAAACGGCCUACUGCAGCUCAGUGCCUUCUUCAUCCGUGGAUCAACGCUGGUCCACGCCUGUUAGAACCUUCCUUGCCCGAUACACAAUCUAAAGCUAUUGAUACUGUAAACUCUGUCCAAACCAAGAAACAGAAUGAAGAAACGGAGGCAAUGGAGGUCGGAAUGGGGAAAAUGGCUAUCAACAAGGACACGAGAAGUUUCAGAAGUUACUCAGUCAAAUUCUGAUGCUUAUUAGACUACAUCAUCUUUGUCUAAGAUGGUGUUCAACGACUUGCUCUUCGAUUCAUUUGCACAGGGAACAGUCUUAUUGUUGAGCGAAAUAUAUCUUCAUUUUGGUAUGGUUAUUACAAGAUCGGGACGCUACGUAAAUGUGAGAGUGAAAAGGUUUGCGCGCAGACCAAAUUUGAACUGCUCCAGAAACAAGCAUGCAAAGGAGACUGCAGAUUUUUGAGGUCCCUUUCUCUCUGGACCAUUUAUUCACAUUAAAAGCAAUUUAUAAAGUCAUUAUACCAAUGUACAGAUAAGAAGCAAUUAUAGCAAACUUAACUCUAGAAUCAUUUUCUUGUCUACAUACAGUUCAAAAUGAUUUCGAUAUGAUGCUUAUCUUGAGCAAUUUAAUUUGAAGUCUAUCUGUUCACAGC